AGGUGCUCUCAGGUCUCCCUGGAGCCUUCUCUUCUCCAGGCUCAACACCCCAACUCUCCCAGCCUGGCUCCAGAGCAGAGCUGCUCCAGCCCUCCCAGCAUCUCCGGGGCCUCCUCUGGCCUCUCUCCAACAGCUCCGUGUCCUUCCUGUGCUGGGGACCCCAGAGCUGUUCCCAGCCCUGCAGGGGGGUCUCAGCAGAGCAGAGCAGAGGGGACAAUCCCCUCCCUGGCCCUGCUGGUCACGCUGCUGGUGACACAGCCCAGGACACGGGUGGGUUCUGGUCUGCCAGGACAUGGUGCUGGCUCAUGGUGAACUUCUCAUCACCCAACACUCCCAAAGUCAAAGGAUGAGGAGAAGUUCAAGCUCUGCAAGGGGUACAAGCACUGCAGGGGAUUGGCAACAACAUCUCAGUUAAACAACCUGAAUUAGGAGCUCCCAGCAAAGCCUCCUGCCACCAUGGUGCACUGGACAGCCGAGGAGAAGCAGCUCAUCACCGGCCUCUGGGGCAAGGUCAACGUGGAGGAAUGUGGCGCCGAGGCCCUGGCCAGGCUGCUGAUCGUCUACCCCUGGACCCAGAGGUUCUUUGACAACUUUGGGAACCUCUCCAGCCCCACGGCCAUCACCGGCAACCCCAAGGUCCGUGCCCAUGGCAAGAAGGUGCUCACCUCCUUUGGGGAAGCCAUCAAGAACCUGGACAGCAUCAAGACAACCUUCUCCAAGCUGUCCGAGCUGCACUGCGAGAAGCUGCACGUGGACCCUGAGAACUUCAGGCUCCUCGGGGACAUCCUGGUCAUCGUCCUGGCUUCCCACUUUGCCAGGGAAUUCACCCCCACUUGCCAGUUUGCCUGGCAAAAGCUGGUCAAUGUGGUUGCCCACGCUCUGGCCCGCAAGUACCACUGAGCACCCCGGGGCUGCCCAGGGAAGGGUCCCAGCUCCACCACGAGCACCUCGGAGCACCAGGAGAUGAUGCCCUUGGUGUGAUAACCCCCAAAUAAAUGCCU